ACUUUUAUAUUUUUUUGGAAUGUACAGCCUCGGGCUUAUAAACUAUAGAGUAUAUAAAAUGCCACUGCACCCUAUUUUUCAAAAUUUUUCUUCUUCAUCAUCCUUAAUUAUUUUUUUCUACUUUUUCUCUCUGUCUGAAAUGAAAUUUCCCGCAGUUCAAGGAUCUUCUUCUCAUUUUUAUCUCUGAAAAAUCACCAACUAAUUCCCCCCAACUUCUAACUGUCACAAAUCUUGAAUUUCAAUUCUUCACCUUUUUUUUCUCCUCCAAUUUUCUUCAUUUUCUUUUUCUUAACCAAACAUGCACUCUUCUUCCCAUAUCAAAAUUCCCUCAAUUCCAUUCACAAUUUUAUCUGUACCCACUAAGUCAAAUCCUCAAUUCUGUCCCAAAAAUCCAAUCUUUUUCACUUCUCUGAGUUACCCAUCUUCUUUCUUGACGAUUUCAUCGACACCCACCAAGCCAAAUCAUCAAUCUUGUCGUAAAAAUCCAAUCUUUUUCACUUCUAUGCAGUAUUCUGCAAAUGGAUGUUUCUCUAAUUCAAGUUCAAGAAAUAAAAGACUUGGCCUUUCUCGCUUGAUUAUGGAAGAAGCACCAUUGGAGGAGAGGUUAAGUGUUGUUGACAAAGUUCAUAGUUUGGCUUUGGAAUUUAGGUCCCUAUCAGAACCAAUUGAUAGAGUGAAAAGAUUAUUACACUAUGCAAGUAUUCUCCCUCCAUUAUGUGAGUCAGCUAGGGUUCAAGAAAAUCGAGUCUUGGGGUGUACAACACAGGUGUGGUUAGAGGUGAAAAUGGAUAAUAGGGGUUCUAUGAAGUUUAGUGUAGAUAGUGAUUCAGAAAUUACAAAAGGGUUUUGCUCUUGCUUGAUGUGGGUGCUUGAUGGGGCAGAACCAGAGGAAAUUCUAAAUGUUACAGUAGAGGAUUUGGGAGAUAUGAAUGUGGGGUUGCCUAAAAAAGGUCGUUCAAGAGUUAAUACUUGGCAUAAUGUGUUGUUCAGUAUGCAGAGUAGGACUAAAGAUUGUGUUCAAGAGAGGAAUAGAGCUUUGUCUUUGCAAGAUCUUCAAUCUUUAGUCAUUAGACCUCAUGAACAUGGUGGUGGGCCUAGUGACAAUGGAAGUUACCUAGAAUCUGAGGGUGGUGUUUAAGUAGCAUCUUUUGUGGCAUAAUAUAUAACAGAUUGUCUCAACUGGCAAGAAAAUACUUCAACUUGAAUAUGUAUAUCUAAACAAAAUCGGGUGUCCACAAGACACAACAAGAACAAGUUGGAGUGUUUAAUUAUCAGUUGAGACCAAUUUGAAAUAUCUAAAUGUGCUCUCUCACUCUCAAAGUUGAGAAGACGCCAAAUUUAAGUGUAUGUUUAUGUAUUAUGCCCUUUUUAAUGAUUAUUUUAUUGGCCUGUAUAUGUUUUUGGGUGAAUGUAGUACACCAUAAUCAUGGGAAGAUCCAAAGGGUUCUUUGGAUUCUGUUUUCAAAGAAAUCAAUUUGUACCUUUAAUGAUGGAAGCCAUGAGAUCAGACUGUUUUUUUGUA